CAUUUUUUUUUUCUCCCUAACUUCCUUCCUGUUCUAACUGCCAGUACACAGAAGUCAGAGUUGAGAGACAGAGGCACCCCGGACAGAGACGUGAAGCACUGAAUAUCAAAAUGACUGAAAAGGCUCCUGAGCCACACCUGGAGGAGGACGAGGAUGACCUGGACGGCAAGCUCAAUUACAAGCCUCCACCGCAGAAGUCCUUGAAAGAGCUGCAGGAGAUGGACAAAGACGACGAAAGUCUGACCAAGUACAAGAAAACGCUGCUGGGAGACGGCCCCGUGGUAGCAGACCCAACAGCCCCCAAUGUCACUGUCACCCGGCUUACCCUGGUUUGUGAGAGUGCCCCAGGACCGAUCACCAUGGACCUUACUGGGGAUGUUGCAGCCCUCAAAAGACAAACCUUUGUGGUAAAGGAAGGUGCUGAAUACAGAGUCAAAAUUAACUUCAAAGUGAACAAGGAUAUUGUGUCAGGCCUGAAAUAUGUCCAGCACACCUACCGGACUGGGGUGAAAGUGGACAAAGCAACAUUCAUGGUUGGCAGCUACGGGCCCCGGCCCGAGGAGUACGAGUUCCUCACUCCCAUCGAGGAGGCCCCCAAGGGCGUGCUGGCCCGGGGCACGUACCACAACAGGUCCUUCUUCACAGACGACGACAAGAACGACCACCUCACCUGGGAUUGGAACCUGUCCAUUAAGAAGGAGUGGACAGAAUGAGUGCGUCUCCCCAUCCCUCUCCCCACCUUGCCCCCUGGAAGGACACCCCCCCAACCCAGCCACGUUCACCACCCUGUCCCUCCCCGUCCACGGCUGGGUCCCCCCUACACACGGCCCUCAUCCCGCUCCGUGUCUCACGGUGCUCCCCAACACGCGGGGCUUAGACCUGGCCUUCCCCCCGGCCUGUCGCCGGGAUGCUCCACCCGGGCCGAGCGUCCGCAUUCUCCAUCUCACCACCACGCGGUCCUGUUUCCCCGCCCGUCACUCCCAUUUCGCCACCUGGAGGCCAGGAAGCUGGCAAACCAUCGCCAACAGUCCCUCUGCCUCGGUUCCCCACCCUUCCCCAUCCCUGGAUUCCUCAAGGUGGUUGCUGCUGGCCCCAUAACUCCCUAGCCACAUCCAUCCCCCGCCAGUUGGGGUCCUUCUUUUGUGGGAGACGCUGUAAACAGUGCUAGAGAGUAUGAAUAAAAUGACUGUUUGUUCCGAGA